AUCGUGCGGGCCCUCAAGAUCAACGACACUUUCCAGCCCUUUACUACUCCUAUAAUUAGGGCUUGGGGCCCCCCAUCUUCUUCGUUGGAAAGAGAAUAGAUAAAGUGGGCUCCUCUUCUAGGAUUGAUCAGCAGUUUUGGGGUUUCAGUUAAACGUACAUGGAUUCGAUUGAAACCCGAAUUAUCGAUCCAGACGAAGACGAAGAGAUUAACAACGACGAGGAUGGAAACACAAAGCAGCUUUUGUCAUGUGAUCUUUUGCUGGUGGAACCCCCUCCACAGGGGGCUAUCGUUCCCAUUUUGAAGGAAGAAGAACACACAGACUUGGACCUGGAAGGAUCAAUCCCAGUCGAGGUAAUUCCAAUAACACAGACGCAACCGCAACCAAUGGCUGUGGUGGGACCCAAGGGGGCGUCAUCGAAGGACCGGCACACCAAGGUGGAAGGAAGAGGCCGGAGAAUCCGGAUGCCGGCCGCGUGUGCGGCGAGGAUCUUCCAAUUGACGCGAGAGCUAGGCCACAAGUCCGACGGCGAGACCAUCCGGUGGCUCCUCGAGAGGGCGGAGCCCGCCAUCGUCGAAGCCACGGGGACCGGUACUGUACCCGCUAUCGCCGUCUCCGUCAACGGCACGUUGAAGAUCCCGACGACAACUCCGAUCGCGUUGACGGAGGGAGAGGGAGAGGGUACUUGGAAGAAGCGCAAGCGGGGUUGCUCGAGCGAGUUUUACGGUUCGGGUUCGUCGAACUUCGCUCCGAUUGCACCCGUGGCGCCGCAGGCGCUGGUGCCGGUGUGGACCGUGGGCGGAGGCGGUGGGGGUGGAGCUUUUUUUAUGGUUCCUCCAGCUGGUGCCACCAUUGCCGGGCUUCCGAGCCAACCGCAAGUGUGGGCCAUUCCGGCUGCGGCUGCGCCCAUGUUUAACGUUUCUGCGAGACCCAUUUCGAAUUUUAUGGCCGCCGGUGGCGGUGGAGGUGAAGUGCGAGUGUCGGAAAGUGGAGGGAAGGUGUCAACAAUGGCCCCAAGUUCGAGUUCUACGACUCAGACGCUUAGGGACUUUUCUUUGGAGAUAUAUGAUAAGAAGGAGCUUCAAUUUGUGGUGAACUCUACGGGGGAAAAAACUCCAUCUCCGAAAGCUUGAGAUGGAGUAGAAGGUUAGGGGUUUAGUCUUAGAACACAGCAUAAUUGAAUUUCAUAAUUUUUUUAGUGAUUUUGGGUAACUGUGUUUAGCUCCAAAAUGAUUUCCUUUUUAGUGUUUUGUUGCUCAUUAAAACUCAAUUUUAUCUCAACCACUUUCUUGUAAAUUGGAUUUGCUAAGGAGAUUGCUGCCCAGAUGUGCUUACCGCUUGGGCAUUAUAUCGGAUUUUGACACUGUCAAUUUGCUCUAGUCCUCAUCGGAAAAAUUUGCUGUGGCCUCUGUAUUUGGGAGUAUUGUACUUAUCCGUGAUAUUGAAUGUUUAUGCUACUUAUU